AUGCAGGACCUCAACGGAUCUGCUGGCCAGGGCGCGCACAACGGCGCCAAUGGCACGCGUUUCGGCCAUGCCUCCAAGCCCUCCAACAGCGAUACGGGCUUCUCCCACGGCGCCUUCACCUCCAACAUCUCGGGCUUCGCUGACCGCCAUCCUCGCCGCGCCAACAUCCCCUCGCUCAACACGCAGAACAUGAACCAGAACCAGGCCAGCGGCCAUGACAUGACCCCGGGAACCGCGUUCGACAUGCAGUUCACCCCUCUGCUCCCCUCGCAGCUGCUCCUCGGCAGCCCCUUUCAGCCCGGCAGCCCUGCCGCCUUUGGCAGCCCUCAGUUCCAGGGCCUGUCUGGCUUCCAGCAGACGCAGCAUCAGCAGGCCAACGGCCAGCAGCACAAUGGCGGCCUCUCGAGCCCCGUGCAGCCCAGCAUGUCUCCCCAGUCCUACCAGGCCCUGGUGUCUCCCUCGACCUACGGAGCGCCCCAGUUCUUCCCUCCCCAGUCGCCCACCGGCUUCAACAUGCAGAGCUCGAUGCAGCCCGGCUCCCCCGUUUCCAUGGGCGCCGGCGUCGUCACCGGCACCAGCCGAACCGUCUAUCUCGGCAACAUCCCCCCGGACACCAGCGCCGAAGAGAUCCUGGGCCACGUCAGGAGUGGCCAGAUCGAGUCCGUCCGCCUGCUGCCCGACAAGAACUGCGCCUUCAUCUCCUUCUUGGACGCCAGCUCCGCCACCCACUUCCACUCCGACGCCAUCCUGAAGAAGCUGUGUAUCAAGGGCCAGGACAUCAAGGUCGGCUGGGGCAAGCCGUCUCAGGUGCCGACGUCGGUUGCGCUGGCUGUCCAGCAGUCUGGCGCGUCCCGCAACGUCUACCUGGGCAACCUGCCCGAGGAAAUCACCGACGAGGAGCUGCGCGAGGAUCUCGGCAAGUUUGGCCCCAUUGACACCAUCAAGAUUGUCCGCGAAAAGGGCAUUGCCUUUAUCCACUACCUGUCCAUUGCCAAUGCCAUCAAGGCCGUGACCCAGCUGCCUCAGGAGGCCAAGUGGCAAGCUCCUCGCCGCGUCUACUACGGCAAGGACCGAUGCGCCUACGUGUCCAAGACGCAGCAGCAGAACGCCGCCCAGUACCUGGGCAUUGCCCCCGGCUACGCGCACAUGCUCACCGGCGCCGACCGCGACCUCAUCUCCAACGCCCUCGCCCAGCAGUCGGUGGCGGCCGCGGCCGUUGCCACGAGCGCCGGCGGCAUGAACAACCUCGGCAACCGGACCAUCUACCUGGGCAACAUCCAUCCCGAGACGACCAUUGAGGAGAUUUGCAACGUGGUCCGCGGCGGUCUGCUGCACCACAUCCGCUACAUCCCCGACAAGCACAUCUGCUUCGUGACCUUCAUCGACCCCACGGCCGCCGCCUCCUUCUACGCCCUCAGCAACCUGCAGGGCCUGAUGAUCCACAACCGGCGCCUCAAGAUUGGCUGGGGCAAGCACUCUGGCGCUCUGCCGCCCGCCAUCGCCCUCGCCGUCAGCGGCGGAGCCUCGCGCAACGUCUACAUUGGCAACCUUGACGAGACGUGGACGGAGGAGCGGCUGCGCCAGGACUUUGCCGAGUACGGCGAGAUUGAGCUGGUCAAUGCCCUGCGCGAGAAGAGCUGCGCGUUUGUCAACUUCACCAACAUUGCCAACGCCAUCAAGGCCAUUGAGGCCAUCCGCGGCAAGGAGGAGUACAAGAAGUUCAAGGUCAACUUUGGCAAGGAUCGAUGCGGCAACGCCCCUCGCCAGGUCCAGCAGAACUCGUCCCCGCGCGGCGACGGCGUCUCAUCGCCGGCCCCGAACGGCUCGCAGAACGGCAACUCGCCCUCCAACGGCAACACGCCACAGCCGACGGCGGCCAUGUUCAACGCCUCCAGCAACCCGCUGACCAUGUACUUGAACCACAUCCAGCAGCAGGCUCAGCAGCAACAGCAGCAGCAGCAGCAGAUGUCCGUGCAGCAGAACAUUCUGUUCAACACGGCGCAGUCCAACGACCUGUCCAUGGACGUUCCUCAGCAGGGCCCCAUUGGCGGCCACGGCCAGUCAGCCAGCAUCUCCAACGGCUACCCCAUGAACGGCUCCAUGUCCAACGCCACUACCAUUGGCGGCCUGCUGGCCCCCGGCAGCGGUCGCGGUCAGCACAGCCGUGCCGUCAGCCUUCCGGUCCUUGCGCCCGGGUUCGAGAACGGAGGCAUCAGCCCCUCUGAGAGCAACGGCAGCCACGGCGAGAGGCGCGGCCAUCAUUACCAGGCCAGCUUCGGCGGCAUGGGAGCCUCUGGCUAUGGCCUGGCCAUCCAGGGAGGCCUGAACGGCUGGGUGGAAGAGGAAGUGGCCAACUAG